AUGGCGGGGCUGCGGCUCCACCUCUCUGCCAGUCGCUCAGGGCCAUCGCUGUCCCAGGGUUGCGCCCACCGCUUCGCCACCAGCCCUCGGUCCGGCACCUAGUUCUACACGGAUGCGGAGGACAAGGUGAAGGACAUCCGCAAAGGGGCGACCGUCAUGCUGGGGGCGGGGGUGUUCGGGCUCUGCGGGAACCCCGAGAACCUGAUGGCCGCGUUGCUGAGGACCGCCGAGAGGGACCAAGUGGUGAGCAGCAACGUGGGCGUGGACGACUUCGGCCUGGGCCUCUUCCUAGCCACCAAGCAGGUCCGCAGCGUGGUCUGCUCCCACCUCCACCGGGGCGAAAACAGGCUGUGCGAAUAGCGGUACCUGGAGGGCGAGCUGGACCUGGGGCUGACGCCGCAGGGCAUCCUGGCCGAGCGCCUCACGCCCACGGACUACCGCAAGCUAGUGCAGGAAGGUGGCCAGCAUCAGGUACUACCCCACGGCAGCCUGGCCAUCCCGAACCAGUCACGAGAGGUGAGAGUUCCGGGGCCAGCACUACCUCCUAGAGCGCUCCUCAGGGAGGACUUGGCCUUGGUGAAGGGGUACAGUGCGGGCAACGUGAUCUUCAAGGAAAGCGCCAGGACCUUCAACGUGCCCAAGUGCAAGGCUGCGGAUGUCACGGUUGUGGAAGUGGAAGAAAUCGUGGACGUGGGGACUUUUCUCCCAUUCACGUUCCCACCAUAUAUGUGAUCGAGUGAUAAAGGGGCCGAAAUAAGAGGGGAAAAAAAAAAAGAGCUUUUAGUACUGUGGAGCGAAGAAGAUGGGAAAGCCCUGCUGGGAGAAGAAUUAAGGAUGCUCAGGAUCAAAUGCUUGGCUCUUGAAUCUGAGGACCUCUGAUAUGCCAAUCUGAGCAUCUGAAUCCCUCUCUUGGCCAGCAACUUCAUCAGCCCUGACAUGACAGUUUAUCUUCACAGUGACAAAGGAAUCCUGGGCUUGGGCCCAUUCUUAUCGAAAGAUGUGGAUCUAGAUGUCAUCAGCACAGGCAAGCAGACUGUCACUUUGUUCCCAGCGAUGACUCCUCUGCCAUGAUUCACAGGGGACAUGCAGGUUUCUAAAUACCUCGACCUGGCCAACUGGAUGAUACCAGGAAAGAAGGUGAAAGGAGUGGGCAGUGCCAUGGAUUUGGUAUCUGGUGACAAGACCAAAGUAGUGGUCACCAUGGAGCACUGCACCAGCAAAGACCCUCAAAUCGUGGGAAAGUGCACAUUGCCGCGCUUCGUGGACCACAUCAUCACUGAGAAGGCUGUGUUUGACGUGCUUGGAAACAGGAGGCUGACACUGAUGGAGCUCUGGGAAGAUUCCACAGUGGACGAGGUCAAGAUCAGCACAAGCUGCACCUUCGCUGUGUCUCAGAACAUCAAGCCCAUGGAGCAGUUGGCUACGUGA